AUGGAACAAGCGAUGCAAGCCAAUGCGCCCGCGGCGGACUCACCCAAGGUGAAUGGCAUUGAUGACGAGAACCAUUUUGUAUAUGGUGGAGUUGGUGGAUUUGCUGGGAUGGGAGGCUUUGCGGGUGUCGACGGGGGUCUCGGUGGGAUCGGAAAAUUUGGUGGCAUCGGUGGUGUAGCUGGAAUUGGUGGUUACAAAGGCAUCGGUGAUCUAGGCGGUUUCGGAGGCGGACUUGGAGGUAGUGGAACUGGCGGUGGAGACAACGGUCAAGGUGGUUUAGGCUGUGGAGGUAGCAGCGGAGUUGGAGGUCCAGAUGGUUUAGGUGGUUUUCCUGGAAUAAGUGGAGGUGGACAUGGAGUUGGUGGUUCUACAAGUAGUGAGAUUAUACCAUAUCUUCCUUAA